AGUCAGGCGAUGUGAUAACGAUAUCAGCGAUGAUAUUGUCGGUUGAUCGACAAUUUGUGACGUGCGCGAGUCAAAAUCUGGCGCGAGCGACCUCUCGUUGUCAUUACAUUGAGCUGUUCAUUACGAGGUGGCGACACUUGGGAUUUAUCAGUUGGAAAACAUCAAAGUUUCGCCAUGGAAUAUCGUUUUCUCCUGCUACUUCUGAUCUCUCGUCUGCCACAUCUUGUGCUUUCACUUCAGGAAGGAGGAACCAAUGUUUGUCAAAAUGAGAAUCCAGACGGGACUACAGAUAUCUUCUGCUGUGCUGGUUGGCUGGAAAAGAGCGGCAGUUGCACUCGCAAAUGCCCGAAGAACAGAUGGGGUGUAGGUUGUGCUAACACGUGUACCUGCCAGAAGAAAAAUGGCAAAUGCAACCGGGUGACUGGAAAAUGUUCGUGCAACAAGGGAUGGUCAGGGGCAACCUGCCAAGAGAUGUGCGAUUCUACACAUUAUGGCAGAAACUGUCUAAUGGACUGUACCUGUGAGAACGGAGCCACCUGUAAUCGGUUCUCAGGUGCAUGUACCUGUACCGCUGGUUGGACUGGAAAGUCGUGUGAUCAAAGAUGUUCCAGGGAACGAUACGGAGUGGGAUGCCAACAAAGAUGCCGUUGCCAGAACAAUGCUGCUUGCGAUCCUGCUGAUGGAUCUUGUACUUGUCGCAGCGGUUUUACCGGUAGAAUAUGUGAACUAGAUUGUCUCUGUCCAGACGGAUCACCAUGUCAACCUGAUGGCUCUUGUCCAUGUGGACCAGGUUGGACUGGAUCUACAUGUGACCAACCAUGUCCGCAGGGUACCUUCGGAAGCGGAUGUUCACAGGAAUGCCAAUGUCAAAACGGAGGACAAUGUAAUCAAACAGAUGGAACAUGUACUUGCACAGUAGGUUGGACAGGGGAAAUCUGCGAUGAAAGAUGCCAGAAAGGGUAUUACGGACCUAACUGCAGAGAGGAGUGCGCUUGCUUGAACGGCGGGAGUUGCAGUCCCAUGAAUGGUUCAUGCUCUUGCGCACCAGGGUGGAUAGGAGAGACUUGUUCUGAGACGUGCCCAGGAAACUUCUUUGGUGAAGGUUGUCAGCAGGUUUGCCUUUGCGAGAAUGGAGCAGAGUGCAAUCCUGUGGACGGUCGCUGCAAUUGCAGUUCUGGGUGGAUUGGGGAAGUCUGCAAUGAAAUGUGUUUGCAGGGUUUAUACGGAGUUAACUGCGAAAAUAGAUGUAUGUGUGAAAAUGGGGCAGAUUGCCAUCAUGUCGACGGAACUUGUUCGUGCUUAGCAGGCUGGCAAGGGCAAUUCUGUUCAGAUUCCUGCGCUGAUGGCACAUUUGGAUUAAACUGUGAGAAUGAAUGUCAGUGCCUCAACGGUGGCAUGUGCGACCCUGUUACUGGUUCAUGUAGCUGUCAACCCGGAUGGACUGGAGAAGUCUGUGCCGAGACUUGCCCGACAGAGACAUAUGGAUUAGGAUGUACUAUGGAGUGCAGAUGCCAAAACGGAGGCAUGUGCCAUCAUGUACAUGGGUCAUGCACCUGCAAUAAUGGCUUUAUUGGGGACACCUGUGAACAGCAAUGUCCCGAAGGAUUUUAUGGACGUGAUUGCUCAGAGCAGUGUCAGUGUCAUAAUGGGGCAACAUGUAACCACAUACAUGGCACCUGCACUUGUACUGCUGGUUGGGAAGGGCAACAAUGUAGCUCCCCUUGCGGAAGCGGAUCUUUUGGCUUACAGUGUCGAGAGAUUUGCGUCUGUAAAAACAACUCUACAUGCAACCAUGUCGAUGGAAGUUGCUUGUGCCAACCUGGAUGGGUGGGCGAUCUGUGUGAAAAAGAAUGUCCAGAAGGACUUUAUGGCAACCAGUGCUCGCUUCUUUGUGACUGUACAAGUGGUGGAUCUUGCCACCAUAUUGAUGGCACAUGUAAUUGCUAUCCUGGUUGGACUGGCGUGACUUGCAGUUCACCUUGUGAAGGCGGAUUUUAUGGCCAAGACUGCCAAGAACCGUGUCAGUGCCAAAAUGGUGGCAUAUGCAAUCACAUUGAUGGAACAUGUACUUGUGAACCUGGAUGGACAGGGAUAGUUUGUUCAGAUAAGUGCCCAGUGGGAUCAUUCGGCAGCGAAUGCUUGAAACAGUGCCAGUGUGUUAAUGGAGGAACAUGUCACCACGUGAGCGGUGCUUGUUCCUGUCCCCCGGGAUGGCAGGGUUUGACUUGUGGUGAGCCCUGCAGCAAUAACUUCUAUGGACACGAUUGCCAGGAGCGCUGUCAGUGCCACAAUGGAUCUUCAUGUGAUAAUAUAGACGGGUCGUGUGCAUGCGGACCUGGAUGGAUUGGAGAAUUUUGCGAACAUGCGUGCUCGCCUGGACAUUUCGGGUCUGAAUGUAUAGAAGAAUGUCAGUGUACAAAUGGUGGAUCCUGCAGUCACAUUGAUGGAUCCUGUUCUUGUUCUCCGGGAUGGACUGACCAGUUUUGCGAUGAAAGAUGCCGAGAAGGAUUUUUUGGUCACGAAUGCCAAGAAAUUUGUCAGUGUCAGAAUAAUGCAGAAUGCAAUCAUAUUAGCGGCGUGUGUAGUUGUGGACCAGGAUGGAUUGGAUCCGUAUGCGAUGAAAAGUGUGCUCAAGGUUUCUAUGGAGAAGGUUGUCGAGAGCGUUGUGCAUGUCGGAAUAACGCAUUAUGCAGUAACAUCGAUGGGUCGUGUACCUGUCCGCCAGGGUGGGUUGGUGAAAGCUGUAGUCAGAAGUGUCCAGAAGGAUUCUUUGGAAGUGCAUGUUUAGGACAGUGUCAGUGUGAAAACGGUGGAACGUGCCAUCACGUUGACAGUUCUUGUACCUGUACACCAGGAUGGGAUGGGCCUACAUGCGGAGACCGGUGUGGAGAGGGCCUCUAUGGCCGAAAUUGUCAAGAAUUAUGCUUGUGUCAGAAUAAUGGAUCUUGUCACCAUGUUAAUGGAAUCUGUACUUGCCAGCCUGGAUAUAUCGGGGCUAUGUGUGAAGAAACGUGCCCUUCGGGAUAUUAUGGACUUAACUGUAUGGACUCAUGCACUUGUCAAAACAAUGCACCGUGUGACCCAAUGGAUGGUUCUUGUACUUGUUCUCCUGGAUGGAUGGGCUUGCGAUGUAAUGAAACAUGUCAGGACGGCUACUUUGGAAAUAUGUGUCAGGAACUAUGUGGCUGUCAAAACCACGCAGAAUGCAAUCAUAUAGAUGGGUCAUGUACUUGUCAACUAGGAUGGAAUGGGGAUCUCUGUGAUGAAAGAUGCUCUCCUGGAAACUAUGGUCCCCACUGUUCUCUAGUCUGCCAAUGUCAAAAUGGUGCCACCUGUCACCAUGUAGACGGUUCUUGCACAUGUUCAGCUGGCUGGAUGGGGGAGAUCUGCACAAUGCCCUGUCCAGAAGGCAGAUUUGGACCUAAUUGCACCAAACUCUGUCUCUGUGAAAUUAAUGGUCGUUGUAAUGCUGCUGAUGGGUCGUGUUCUUGCAAUCCAGGUUGGGAAGGAAGGUACUGUGAACAUGAAUGCACCCAGAAGUUCUUCGGAUAUAAUUGCGCUGAGCAAUGUUUGUGCCAGCAUGGCGGUUUAUGUGAUCCAGUAGAUGGCUCAUGUCUUUGCACUGCCGGAUGGAGAGGUACUAUCUGCAAUGAAAACUGUCCAGAUGGGACAUACGGAAUCGGCUGCUCCGAGGUAUGCUCAUGCAACCAACGCGGUACCUGUGAUCCUGAAGUCGGAUGCAUGUGUCAUGGAGGAUGGUUAGGAAAGAAUUGCACACUCUCCUGUCCUCAUGGCACCUUUGGUGUGAACUGUUCUUCGACAUGCAAUUGCAGUGUGAACAGCAUAUGUGACAAUGAACUUGGCUGCUUCUGUAAUCCUGGAUUCACUGGCCCUACUUGUGAGGAGUCAUGUGCAAAUGACACCUUUGGCCAAAAUUGCGCCCAUACCUGCGGAUGUAUGAACGGUGGAGCCUGCGAUCCCAUCCUUGGAUGCAUUGAUUGUCUUCCAGGAUAUACAGGUCAACGAUGUAAAGAUGAAUGUCAUGAUGGUACCUUUGGAAAGAACUGUCAAUCCAACUGUCCUGCUUGUCAAAAUGGCGGAAUGUGUCACCACAUCACGGGUUCGUGCGUCUGCACUGCUGGUUAUACAGGAGAAAGCUGUCAAGACACAUGCGAAGAUGGUUUUUUUGGCCUCAACUGCAGCUCGAUGUGUGACUGUCCACUGAUAGACUUCUGUGAUCACGAGACAGGGCAUUGUCCAGAUAUCAAUGUUGCCGCUGUUCAGACCAAAGAUCCAACAUACAGACGGGACCGACUGGGGGUAAUAGCUGGUAUAACCGUCGGGUCUGCGAUAGUCAUAUUCGUUGUUACAGCAGGAGUAAUCUACAUCCUACGACGAUCGAAGGAUCGACCACCUCAAGCAGUAUACAGUGUUCCAAAGGCCACAGCAGCACGUUCUCAUAGAAUAGACAGUAACGGUGAUAAACCAGAUGAAAUAAAUCAUAACUUAUUAGGUGUGCCGAGAUCGCAGUCGGAUUGGAAAUCGACCCUGUCUUCGCAGUCAUCGUCGAAUUGGGAUACGAUAGAGACUCGGCAACAGUUCUUGAAAGGAAGUGUUGAGGUCAUCAGCGUUCGAAUGCCAGAGGAUGACAUCGUCGAACGGGAAUCAAGCUUAUAAUAUUUAGCGAAUUAUGAUGUUCAAAACAAUAUUUUUUUCAGUGAAUUAAGCCAAUAACGAAAACAAUGUGUAAAAUAUACACAUUAAAGUUCUCAUUUUUGUAUAUUUAAGAAAAACUGGUUGCAGAAAAGAGUGUCAUGUGGGCACGGUGGAUGUUCCAAAAAGUAAUGUGCAUAACGAAUGACUUGCCAAUAUGCUAUAUUGAUUGAUUUUUCUAUAAUUUUUUAUUAGUUAUGGCCUUAUCUAACUAAAAAUUAUGAUUCAUUUGGAUAAUCUUGUCGGUUUAAAGGUCAGAGAGUAAUGUAUAUUUUCUUGCAUAUCAUUUAUAAUUGGAGUUAUUUGACAAACUGUAAUACUUUUGUUAUUACACUUUUCGCAUGUCCUUUGGCACGAGAUGACGAAUAUGUCUUUUCUAACAAUAAUUACUGAUCAUAAUUUUCCCUGACCACCAAUCACCGAUGUUUAAAACGAAGAAAGAUCUAUUCUUCUGUAUAAAUAUGAUAACACGUGAUCAUGAAAUGUAUUGGGUUCAUAUCUUGGAAUAGUUCAUUGUAACUUGGGCAACUAUGUCUCUUGAGGAACAUUCUUAUUAUUAGCUCACUGCAACAAUUUAACCAUUUUAAUAUCUGGCAGUGAUUGAAGUCAAAUCACAUGACUGAAAUGUUAUUGACCCGUCAAUCAAAUUUUGAUGAAUAUUGAGUGGGCUUAGUUUGAUGUGUUUUCAAAGUGACAAUAAUUAUCCUUUCCAUCUAUCGCCUAAACAUAUUAUGGGCAGCCACCCCCGCCCCCCCAAAAAAAAUUCCCACACAUCGACAAUUUCCUUUCAUAUUUGAUUGCUUUUCCCCUCAUAUUUUGAUUUCCAACCUAAAAUAUCAAUUUUUUAUUGAAAAUGUUUAAUAGUGAACCAAGACACCCCUUUCCCAGCACUAUGAAAUUCAUACUCGACUGUCUCGAAAAUAUUUGUACGAUCGCGCUUGGUCUAUAAUCACUUGAUCUCGUCAACACUUAACGUUGUCCAAAUUCACAUGAUUGUCUUCAACCAGUUUGUCCACUUACAUGACUCAAGUUACCAGUUCGUCUAACUUCCGUUUGCCCCAGUAACAAAUUUAUGUACACUGUAAAAUUAUCGGUGUUCUGUGAGAACCAAAUACCCUCAUGUGUGAACAAUACACAAUUUGGUUAGAAAUAUUACACCAAAUAUUGUUAGAAUAACGAACAUCAUGUGUUAUAUUAACGCAUAGAUGUUGAACUAGCACCUUGUUUUCAACACUGGUGUAAAAUGCUUGAUGUAGUCCCCUUGUUGUAACUCGGUGGUGUAGCUUUUAAUACCACUCUUUUUGUAGUGUACACCCAUUGUGGCUAACUCCAUUCCAUUCAGUGUACUGUAGCCUACUUUGGUUCAUUUUACUUCAGCGAAGACCAGCUGGUAAUUAUUCAAAAUUGACCCAAUGCAGUGGUCAUUGGAAUCAGACUUACUAUCAAUUUGACCAAAGAAAAUUGGAUGAAGUAAGAAUUUAGCCCGAAUGGUUUUUACACAUCUGGCAUUAAGACCGAGCACCGAGUUGUCUCAUAAACCGAUUAUGAUUUUCUACAAGAAGUGCAUUUGAUAUUAGGAUUAUCAAACAGGUGGUUGUAAAUAUUUUCUACUUUAUAUUUUACAUAUGAAAUAAAUGAUGCUGUUAUAUUCAUGUAUUUUCCAUGUUAUGUACGCAGUGUUAAAUGUUGAUGCUCAGGUAUAUAUGUUGUAAAUCAUGUAGCUAUCAUCAACUUUAAAUAUAGUUUUAUUUGCUUACCACGCUUAUGGAGGAUGUAAACAUGGUUUUGAUUUUCUUAUACUUUUGCGUGAGUUUAGAAAUAUUGGCAAAAAUACAUAUUAUGGAGUUGAAAGAGAUAUCUUUGUAUUGUCAUUGCGAAUUGUUGUACUAUCAAGAUGGUUAUAUUUGAAGUAUUAUUAUUUGCAGUCAUUUGUAACAAUAAAAAGGAAAUUUGAUAGACCAAUAUUUGCGUCAAAGUUUUUAAUUUUCACAAAGCUUUUUAUGUAGGUUAUUCAGAUUUUUAAAAGAAAAUGCUGAGUAUACUUGGAUCAAUGAGUUCGGAAAAAAUUACCAACAUGCAAUUAAAAUCGUAAUAAAAGUG